AUGGCCUCUGCUGGACGUGUUCCCCAGGGUGAAGUCAUCAUGGACUUCGCCGAUGGAGGCUCCUACGUUAAGAACAAGCUCGAGGACUCUGCUCUGAACCUCGAGCGCCGGAAAAUCAAGCGCGAGGAGGGUGCGAAGGCCGCCAAGGCUCUCGAGUCACUCGACGUCAAGCCCGCCGAGGAGAUGAAGGGCGCCGAUGUGGACCUCAUCGAGCUUGGUGUCUCGAAGGAGGAGGCUCAGGCUGCUCUCCGCGCUGAAAAGGGCGACGUCGUCAAGGCUCUCGUCCAGCUGACUGCCCCGGGACGACGAUGA